AUGAACAGCCUCCCCAUCCUGCAUCUUCUCCUGUUCCUGCUUGGAUUCCAAGCCCCACAGGCACAGGGGCGGUCCUUGUCAACAUACCAGCCUAAGCAAUACUUGAAGAUGAUCAGUGAAAUUAUGGACCUCUUAAACACUUCACCCUCGCGUUCAGAAGAAACCUUGGACCCAAAUGAGAUAAACACCCUGCUGAAUACUACUCUUCUGAGGCCAAACCUGGAUGCAUUCUUGAAUGCUACCAAAAAUUUCUACAACAAUGAGUCACUAAUCUGGAAAAAUCUUAAGGAAUUCCUGCCACUCCUGCCCAAUCCCACAUCCAGGGGAGAACCAAUCUAUAUUGAGAAUAACUGGGAUGAUUUCCAAAAGAAGCUGAAAAAAUAUCUGGAAGCCCUUAAUAACUUUCUUUUAAGAACAAGCACUGAGUCCUAG